GCCGGAGGUGGCGGAUCCAAGAUGGCGCCGUGCGGACGUGUCCGGAGCCGCUGCCCGGGCCCGGCGCUGCUCCUGCUGCUGGCGCUGGCGGCGGGGCCGGCGGCGUCCGGCCCUGCUGGAGGUGCUCCGGGUGUCGGCGSUGCCCUAGCCGGAGCCGGGCAGCCGGCGGGGCCCGGCGCGCCCGUCCCGCGGAGUGCCCGCGGCGGCGGGUCGGGCAGCGGGUGGAAGCUGUCGGAGGAGGCGGUGUGCCGGGAGGACGUGGUGCGGCUCUGCUCCAAGCACAGCUGGGCCAACAACCUCGCCGUGCUCGAGUGCCUGCAGGACGUCCGCGAGCCAGAUAAUGAAAUCUCUUCAGACUGCAAUCAUCUCUUGUGGAACUACAAGCUGAACCUGACUACAGAUCCAAAGUUUGAAUCCGUGGCCAGAGAAGUCUGCAAGUCCACUAUUGCUGAGAUAAAGGAAUGUGCAGAUGAACCAGUUGGUAAAGGGUUCUUGGUGUCAUGUUUGGUGGAUCACAGAGGGAACAUCACUGAAUACCAGUGCCAUCAGUACAUCACUAAAAUGACAGCCAUUAUCUUCAGUGAUUAUCGGUUGAUCUGUGGCUUCAUGGAUGACUGCAAAGCUGACAUCAAUCUCCUGAAAUGCGGCAGCAUUCGACCUGGAGAAAAGGAUGCUCACUCGCAAGGAGAGGUGGUGGCAUGCUUGGAGAAAGGCCUGGUAAAAGAGGCAGAGGAGACUGAUCCUCGCAUCCAGGUUUCUGAUCAGUGCAAGAAAGCAAUUCUCCGUGUAGCUGAGCUCUCUUCAGAUGACUUCCACCUGGACCGGCAUCUCUACUUUGCAUGCCGAGAUGACAGAGAGCGAUUCUGUGAAAAUACUCAGGCUGGGGAAGGCCGAGUAUACAAGUGCCUCUUUAAUCACAAGUUUGAAGAAUCAAUGAGUGAAAAGUGUCGUGAUGCGCUGACGACCCGSCAGAAGCUCAUUGCCCAAGACUACAAAGUCAGUUAUUCGCUGGCCAAGUCCUGUAAAAGUGACCUGAAGAAGUACCGCUGUAACGUGGAGAACCUGCCCCGCUCUCGGGAAGCUCGGCUUUCCUAUCUGUUGAUGUGCUUAGAGUCUGCUGUGCACAGAGGUCGACAAGUGAGCAGUGAGUGCCAGGGUGAAAUGCUGGAUUACCGGCGCAUGCUGAUGGAAGACUUCUCRCUGAGCCCAGAAAUCAUCCUGAGCUGCCGAGGGGAGAUCGAGCACCACUGCUCCGGCCUCCAUCGCAAGGGUCGCACCCUGCACUGCCUGAUGAAAGUUGUCCGGGGUGAAAAGGGAAACGUCGGCCUCAAUUGUCAGCAGGCACUUCAAACCCUGAUUCAGGAAACGGACCCCGGUGCYGAUUAUCGCAUCGACCGCGCGCUGAACGAGGCCUGUGAGUCGGUGAUACAGACAGCCUGCAAGCACAUCCGCUCUGGAGACCCCAUGAUUUUGUCUUGCCUGAUGGAGCAUUURUAUACAGAGAAAAUGGUAGAGGACUGUGAGCAUAGGCUCCUGGAGCUCCAGUAUUUUAUAUCUCGUGAUUGGAAAUUGGACACAGUCCUUUACCGCAAGUGCCAGGGAGAUGCCUCCCGCCUCUGCCAUACCCAUGGCUGGAACGAGACCAGUGAGCUGAUGCCUCCAGGGGCUGUUUUCUCCUGCUUGUACAGACAUGCAUAUCGCACAGAGGAGCAAGGAAGGAGGCUAUCACGAGAGUGCAGAGCAGAGGUCCAGAGAAUCCUCCAUCAGCGAGCCAUGGAUGUGAAGCUGGACCCAGCCCUCCAGGACAAGUGCAUGAUUGACUUGGGGAAGUGGUGCAGUGAAAAAACAGAGACAGGGCAGGAGUUGGAAUGCCUUCAGGACCAUCUUGAUGACUUGGUGUCUGAUUGCAGAGACAUAGUGGGAAACCUCACUGAGCUGGAGUCUGAGGACAUUCAAAUUGAAGCCUUGCUGAUGAGAGCAUGUGAGCCCAUUAUCCAGACAUUCUGUCAUGAGGUUGCAGAUAACCAGAUUGAUUCUGGGGACCUGAUGGAGUGUCUAAUACAGAACAAACACCAGAAGGAAAUGAAUGAAAAAUGUGCAAUCGGUGUUACUCAUUUCCAGCUGGUUCAAAUGAAAGAUUUUAGGUUCUCGUACAAGUUUAAAAUGGCUUGCAAGGAGGAUGUGCUGAAAYUGUGCCCCAACAUUAAAAAAAAGGUGGAUGUAGUGAUCUGUCUGAGCACAACUGUGCGCAAUGAUACUUUGCAGGAUGCCAAGGAGCACAGGGUSUCUCUGAAGUGCCGCAAGCAGCUGCGUGUUGAGGAGCUAGAGAUGACUGAGGAUAUCAGACUUGAACCAGAACUGUAUGAGGCUUGUAAAAGUGACAUCAAGAAUUACUGCCAGAACGUGCCCUAUGGCAAUGCUCAGAUUAUUGAAUGCCUGAAAGAAAUCAAGAAGCAGUUGAGUACACGGUGCCACCAGAAGGUGUUCAAACURCAGGAGACAGAGAUGAUGGACCCAGAAUUGGAUUACACUCUCAUGAGAGUCUGCAAGCAGAUGAUCAAGCGGUUUUGUCCAGAGGCGGAUUCAAAAAACAUGUUACAGUGUUUGAAACAAAACAAGAACAGUGAAGUGAUGGAUCCUAAAUGCAAGCAGAUGAUUACCAAGCGMCAGAUUACACAGAACACAGAUUACCGCUUAAACCCUGUGCUCAGGAAGGCGUGCAAAGCAGACAUACCAAAAUUCUGCCAAAAUAUCCUGAAUAGGGCCAAGGAUGAUACAGAGUUGGAAGGACAAGUCAUCUCAUGCCUGAAGUUGAAAUAUGCAGACCAGCGACUCUCUCCAGACUGCGAGGACCAAAUUCGAGUGAUAAUCCAGGAAUCAGCCCUUGAUUAUCGGCUGGAUCCCCAGCUUCARAUGCACUGUUCUGACGAGAUUUCCAGCUUGUGUGCAGAAGAAGCAGCAGCUCAGGAGCAGACUGGGCAGGUGGAAGAAUGUCUGAAAGUGAAUCUGCUGAAAAUAAAAACAGAGAUGUGCAAGAAGGAAGUGCUCAACAUGCUGAAGGAAAGCAAAGCAGAUAUAUUUGUUGACCCAGUGCUCCACACGGCCUGUGCCCUAGACAUCAAACACCACUGUGCUGCCAUUCCGCCAGGCAGAGGACGCCAAAUGUCAUGCUUAAUGGAAGCUCUGGAAGAUAAGCGUGUGAGGUUGCAGCCUGAAUGCAAGAAACGCCUUAAUGAUCGUAUUGAAAUGUGGAGCUAUGCUGCAAAGGUUGCCCCAGCAGAAGGCUUUUCUGACCUUGCCAUGCAAGUUAUGACCUCCCCGUCCAAGAAUUACAUCCUGUCUGUGAUCACAGUUGGCAUCUGUGUACUCUUCCUCAUCGGYCUGAUGUGUGGACGUAUCACCAAGCGGGUGACAAGAGAGCUCAAGGACAGGUAGAGCCUGGAUUGCCUGCUGAAGAAAUGCCUGCCCAGUGCCCAGUUUUGUACAGCCCUCCUCUGUAUAGUUACCCGCCCCCUCUUGUGAGAGGAGAAUAAAAAAAAAAAAAAAAAAAAUUAGAACAGCAGCAGGUGUUGGCUCAGUUUUCCCAUCCUGGAUCUCAUCCAUGGCAUCUUCAUCCUAUGAAAGUUUGUGUGCAACAUUGGCAGCCCAGCCAUCAGCUUUUGUUACCCCUUUGUUAGCAGACUCUCGUUUACCUGCCUGUAGACAAGUCUCUGUUGUACUGUUGGAACUGCCUUCACUCUCCAAAUCAGACUGAUACGACCUGCAGCUCAAGCAGUUUUUAAGUAAAUUUUUAAAGACAGACAUAUUCUGCAUACCGACUAUAUGAUUUAGGCAAUGGUYCAUACUGAAAUUUAGUCAUCCACUGUGGCUGGGUGAAGUUGAGGCAGGAAAUUAAAAGGGUAAAUUGCAUCUUACACCACAGUUGGCCUUGUUUUGGACAUCUUGCUCRUCUGUGUAAAGCAUCUUCAGAGCAUAGUCUUGGACAACCUAAGGACACCAAUCACUGGUGUCUUCUCCUAGUGAAUAUCCUGCUUUUGUGACUGUGGAUUUCUUUGGCUGAAAAGAUGUCCUCCCUUUCUUCCUCUGCUGCUCGCAAGAUAGAAUAAAAUACUGACCAGGAUUGAAUACUCAUGUGAGCUGUACAACUUGUAUUUCAGUAGAUUAAAGACACGAUGUAGACAUGAGGUGUGUAGAACCUGUCAGUAGUAAACGGUGCUGCUGUCAGUGGGCAGGAAGUGCUCUGAGCAAUUACUCGGUCAACUUUUUUAUUUACAAUGAUGCAGUAAAAUUCUAACACUCCUUAUAUUUUACCUUGCUGCUGCUAAGCUGUUACCCUUCCAAAUUAACUGUGGGUAAAUGGUAUUGACACAUUGGCAAUGCAGUGCUCUCUCAGUGAUGCAGAAAGCGCCGGAACACUCAACAUGCUCUUUCCAUAUAAUGGUUACUUGUGGGUUAGCACAGUUGUUUGUAACCACACUCAGUGAUAACACCUGGCUUUUCCUGGGAUGUAGGACACACCUGUCAGUCCAGAAUGCCAAGCAGGAGUGGAUAGAAGAACGAUAGUGUGGUAUGAGAGGCAGAAACAUUUGGAUCUUUAAGGGAAGUAGCUUUUGUGUAGUUACCAUCAACAUGUGCAUUUAUGCUAUGUGUAGUUAUAYUUCCAGAACCUGAUAUUUGCACCCAAGAGCCCAAAGAUGUUCUAGAAAAGCUGCACCAGUAGUUGUGGCCUCUUCUUACCACCRUCUUUGUUCCUCAAGUACAGGGAGGUGUGGAGCACAUAAGACAYGUGCUUUGACUGAAACAUGGAGUGUGCUGGUGAAAUCUAGAAGAGACUGCAUGAGAGUCAAUGUGUUUUACUCACCUUUUAGAUGUGCUCACCUCUGUGUGCUGUGGUAAAAACAACGUGCCUGAAACUGUCCAACUUAGGCUGAUGCUUGAACCAUAACUUUAUUUUCCCACUUAGCACACUGCUGUGUUAGACCUGGGAUUUUCAGUUCUCCCCAUUGUUCUAUAGAAGAACAGUGGAGGUGGUUUUGAGACACUUUGGAGUGUGGAUUCUGAUGAUUCUGUGUAACAGAGUGGCAUGUACAAAAUACUGUGAGCUUUUGCUGCAACUUUUUGCUGAAGCUUUUUGCAAACGUACCUUCAUCCUACUCUGAGGAUGGUGGCAAACUAAUAUGGGUUACACUUGUGAGUCUUUCACAGACACUUCUGGUUUUGUAGCAAAGUACUGUAAACACAAGCAGCAGCAAAAGCCUGAGCAAUGAUGUUUCWGGAGAGAGUUAGUGUAUGGUAGAAUUGAAGUUAAGUGGUUAAGUAGARCUGAAUUUAAGCCUGAAUUCCUUCUAUUGCCCCUCUUCCCAACUGCUAACAGAGUUUGACUGGCUGUAUGUCAGCAUGAAGUGGAGCAGAAAGAAACAGUUAAUCAGGUCUCUUGAAGUAGCACAGGUGUGUAAAACCACAAAUAUUAGUUUGGCAAUUAGAAAUGUGUGUUGUGUCACUUGACUGAGUGUUGAAAUGACUGCUGUAGGGAUGGGUGUGCUCGCAGAGCUGCCAGCAAGGGAAGUGGGAUCUUGGUGCAGCCUUGCUUGCUGGCACGAGUCCUGGUUCUCCAAAAUGUCKAUCAGACAUAAUUAAAUUGCCAUUGGAGGGCUUUUUUUAAACUGUUGUGACUUUUUGAGAAGGCAUUUUGUAACCUGAUUAGCUUGAAAAGCCUAAUUAGAUGGUUUAUUGUCUAGAAAUAGCAUCUUCCACUAAAUUUCAAAAGACAUUGCAGUGAAAAUUGUAGGUUUGUAGCCAUAGUUCCAAAUGUAAACCCUGUUCAGCUUUGAAGGUGACUUUCUUUACUUUCAGGUAAAAGGCUUUCAGGGUUUUUUUUUUCCUUUUUAAUUUGGAGAAGGUUAAGGUAAGGGUGCCUGGAGCGUGGCAUUAGGAGUCUGUUCUUUGCAGUGCUGUUAGUCUGUGGUUGGUGGUGUUUCUGCCUGUGUCAGGCUCACCUGGGAGCUCAGUGUGAGUGCACUGRGGUGGUGUUAGAAGUGUAUGGCUGGAGGCCCUUGGAAGGCCACAGACCCACCUUUUAAAGGAUGGAUGCUGGCAAGGGGUCCAGGCUGUUUUAUCAUUGAGCAUUUUAUCUUUUCGUGUUUUAGAGAGGGGCCUCCUAUCACUGGUGAUGACCAAAUCUGCUUUUUUCUCAACUAAAAAUCUACCAGUCAGUCUUGAACCAUUCUCCUUCUUUUCAUGCCUACCUAAAAAAUCUAGAGAUUUCAACGGCACAGAAACCCACAGGAGUACUCUUCCAAAAAUAACCUGGUUGUGCUGUUGCCAGCAGAUAACCAUUUUCCACUGCAGGGAAAGAGUCAUAGAGUCACAGAACAACUUGAGAUGGAAGCAUCCUUAAAGCUCAUCUCAUUCCAACCCCUGCCUUGGGCAGAGACACUUUCCACAACCUAGACCAGGGCAUUCAGAGCCCCAUCCAGCCUGGUCUUGAGCACUUCUGGAGAUGGGGAGUCCACAACUUCUCUGAGCAACCUGUGCCAGUGUCUCACCACCCUUGGAGGAACGUGUGAGAAGUGCUUGUAAGAAACACUGCUGUUGCCUUGAAUUUGAGAAAGCCUUUUUAGCUUCUGUUGUAACAGUGUUAGCAAUAGCUGCAGUCAGCCAAGAGAAGUGGAUUAGUGUGGAGGAAUCUGCAGAAGCCUUUCCUCUUCAUGACCCUCACCUUUUGUUGUAGGAACUGCAUKCCACUGAAUGCAGUUUAAGAGGUGGUUGUUGGUUGGGYUUUUUUGUUYUCCUGAUCAUCASRAAGCCUUCUCUUGGAGAAGUUAUUCUAGAACUAGUGAUGCUGGUGCUCAGGGUGUGGAUGGAAGAGCUGGAUGUUUGGGAUCUACCAAGGAAUGCAGCUCUCAAUUUGCUUCCUGCUGUUGUGAGGGUUUACAGGUUCAGCUUCCUAAAUGAUGGCAUGUGCACGUGUCAGGAACUGUGCAUGAUAUGCACCUCAAUACUUCACUCCUGCUAGCCUGUUAGCGUUCAUUCUCAUUCACAGUAAUAAGCUUAUUUAUUGUUUACCUAGUGAGUCUAAUCAAUGCUUUUUGKGAGUUUCAGCUUGGGAUUCUCCUGCCUUGCUUUUGUCAUUAGGCUGCUGGUAGGAACAAAACUCCUGUCACUUGAGGUACUGCCCAGCAGGUUGGGUUGAGUAUCCAUAUAUCUGUGUCAUUGCAAAGGGCUGGAAAGACCUAGUGAAGGYUGAAUAAUUCUGUAGCAAAAUGUUAGCAUUUCCUCCAGAAUCUGAUGCUUAAAUCCGUGCAAUAUGAUCAGUGUUGCUCUGAAAGAAUCCACAGUAAGUGCAUUGUAUGGAAAAUAAUGGUGGUGAAUCUCAAGUACAGAAACUAACUGCAGGUAGGUACAGAGAGAAGAAAUGUUACAAGCCAGAGGGAUCGCUGGRAUCCCAUAAUAUUGUAGAGGAAUUGUGUUCAAGUUGGAUGGCGAUUUCUGUUAAAACACAUUAUUAUUUAGUGAAGGAAGAUUGUAGGGGUUUUUAUUUUUWCUAUAUCAGUUUUGUUUGAAAAAAKAAAGGUAGUUUUGAGGUGUGUAUGAGUGCACAAGUGUUAUAUGAAACCAGAAUAUUUCAUCUAGCACUUUGGUCCCUGUUUAAGGUACAGCUUUGUGGACUCAAACAGCUGUAGUGUGGGUUUGUGUAAGAGCACAUUCUUAAUUUUGGGGUUCAGGUCCUCUAGGCAGCUCCCAGGUACUGAUCUUUGUGCAGUCUCCCUGUUUGGGAGCCAAGCCUGCCAUUUUGYUUCCACCAGUGAUUCGUGGUUAGAGGGGACCCAAAUCACAUGUGUGCCAGAGAGAAUUCAGUUGGCAUCGCKCUUUGUCCUGUGCUGCUGGAAUUCUGCAUCCACUCCAUUGAGCUCCUGAACAGUGCCUUGGAUAGGGAAGAGUAACAGUACWGCUCUUCACUAGCCAGAGGCACGAUUUUCUCCUUCCACAGCASCAAAUUUGAUUCCAUAGCUGACCAAACGCAAAGAUCCCUUCCAGAGUGAAUCAGUGCACGCUGAGAUCCCCUCUGCUGCCCCUGUACUGACUGAGAAGUGCUCACGUAGCUCUCGCCUUGGGAAAUACUSAACUAGGAGAAAAGGGAAAGGUGUGACUGUAGAAGCAGAGGAUCGGAGGCUGUGAGUAACGUGUGUGUUGGACUGGGCAUGAGCCGGGUGUUGGGGAAAGGGGCUCCCCCGCACCCCUCAGUGUACAAAGCAGACCCAGCGGAUUCCUAUUGUACAGCAGAUGCUGUUUGAACGUAGUAUCUUUUUUUUAUUAUAAUUAUUAUUUUUAAAUGUGACAUUAACGAGACUUUUUUUUUUGUAAAUUGUUUCCCCUUUCUGUGUAUAAAUCCUGGCCGCUACUUGUUUCAGUUGGUUUUUUUUUUGUUUUAUUUUUUUUUGUUUUGUUUUUACAUGUCCAUGCUGUGUAAUUUUGAGAUGUUACUGAAAUCCUGAACAUAAUAAUGUGCAUUUUUUUUUUCUGUACAGAUGAAAUGGGAGAAUUUAAUAAAAAGAGUCUGCAGGUU